AUGCCAGUUGCAAUAUCAAUUCAAGAACUACGUGAAAGUAUUAUAGAACGCCUAAAAGUUAAGCAUGAUGAAGAAAAAUUUUCAACAAUUUCAGUUCUAAGCAGAGUUCGCAAUAAAGCUACAUUAGCAUUUGCUGAUAUGGAGUUAACAUCAUGUGAUCAUGAUUUUACAAAACUUUCAAUAACAUCAUUGGUUUCAUUAUUAUGUAACAUUCCUAAAGAUAUCAGCGAAAGUUUCUAUCAAGGGCAAGUAUAUGUAUCCUAUAAGGACUCUGUUUUUCAACCUAGCUCAGCACUUAUGCAUUCUGCUGAAUGGUUAAAGUGUUUACGUGAAAAAUAUACUAUUUUGCUUGAAAUGCUAAUUAUUUAUACUGAUGGUGGCGCUGACCAUCGAACUACAUUUGGUUCUGUUCAACUUGCAAUGAUUUGUCUGUUUUUGGAAGGAGAUUUUGAUUUUUUAGCAGCAGUUCGAACAGCAUCAUAUCAUUCAUGGUCAAAUCCUGCAGAAUCUACUCACGAAGAAAUUAAUAAUUUAUUUGAUAUUUUAAAAAAGGUUGAUCCUACCGUUACUCAAAAUAAUACUUCAAAAAAUAAACUUCGUACUUGUGUUGAUUUACAAGAAUUUAUUAAAUCUCAUUAUUUAGUUCGAGAAUAUUCAUUCCAGAUCAAAAAGUGCAGAAAAAAUGAAUGUGUUAUUUGUGGUUCUAUUCGAUUACCACAGGAGAUUUUUAAUCAAUUACACUUUAUACCAGACCCACAAAUUUCAAGUGAUCCCGAUCACUAUCAAGAUUUCAAUUCACUAUACGGAUGUAAUACUACUGAAAUUGACCUUCCAAGUAAAAAAAAUAACCCUGUAUGUCAAGAGCUUGCACCAGAUGGAAUGUUAGUUGCUGCAAGGGUUUGUGAUUUUGCUCUUUGUACAUCUUGCACAAAAUUACGCUGCAUCUUCAGUAAAUAUGUAUUAAGAGAAUCUGAUAGUGAAAUAUUGCAAACAGCUAUGAAAAUGUUUGCAUAUACAUGUGGUUCGCCUAUUGUUCCAGAAAAUCAUCCUUUAUAUAAUAAGGUGUUUGUUAGAAUGAAUUUGACUUGUGAUUCACCAAUUGAGUAG